CUAAUUUUAUUCAAAAAUAACCAUAAAUCAAUUAAUUAACUUAAAAUAGUUAAUGAGUAUGGUCCUCCUUAAUUACAGUGAGUACAGGUAUGUCCGUUAACAUCACACUCUCUCUUCGUUUUCUUUACAAAAUAGACAAAUAGUUUAACGUAAUAAAUUUUUUGCUUUAAUUUUGAAUAGAAAAGUAGAGCAGACUAACCAGUUUUUUGAUUUGUUCCAUUAUCAGUGUAGAAAAAGAUUAAAAAUACAAUUAAGUACAAUCCAUAUAGUGCAGAUGCAUGUAAAUUCAUGUUGGAAAGGGACUGUUCAUAAAUUAUAUAACGCAAAUUGGGGGGGAGGGGGUUCAACAUGGUUGAGGUCCUAUGUUGGAAGGGCGGGAGUCAAAAAUUAAUUAAUUUUACAUUAAGUACCCAUCUACUGCUUUAUUUAUGGACAACCCCAUAGGGCUCCGUAGGUACUAGUGUACAGGAUGUCGAUAAGUAGUUUCCAAUCUUUGAUUCAUUAGAAAAGUAAUUGCUUAUCUGUAUGCAUAUUGUAUAGUAUUUUUUUUUUACCACGGAAUGGCUCACAAAAUGUCAUUCGAGUGGAAAUAACGACAUUUGUUUGUCAAAAUGAAGCUUGUUUAUAGUUAAUCCUUUGCUUUUUCAUAAUUUUUUUUCCUUUCGCGUGCAUGCUAACAAGAUGAAACGUAUUUAUUAGGUGGUGUAGGUGUCACUAUUUUUUUGAAUUUUAUGGGUUCUCGAGAUCGUUUAACGUGUUAUAGUUCGGGAGAUUGGAAGAAACAGAAUGAUUCUGCAGUAGUUGCAUCCGGUUGUUUACUAUCAAAUCAUAAUCGCCAAAGACAAAAGAAAAGGAUUACAAUCCGUUCGAAUAAAUCGCGAAAAUGUCAACCGAGAUACAGGCAGAGGAAAGAUUGCUAUUGCACAAGUCGCCCUGUACCUACACGAAUAAAUUUCAACGUUAACAAAGCUCAGCAUUAUCACACCUCUGAUAAUUGCCCAUUUCCUGACCAAGACGAAGACGAAGACGAAUCCUUCAUGUUUCAACCAAUAGAAAAGAUUUCUUUAUACAACACCACCAUGUUACAAAAAGCCAGGGAACUGUUAGAUUACGAACCUUCAACGUUGUUCUUGCGGAAACUUAAAGCUGAAGCAUGUAAAGCAGUUCUACGUGAAACAGAGGAUACCCAAAGGGAUUGUUCCAAAUACACCAGAGCUAGACAGGCGUACGAACAGUACGUGGAUUUGAGAAACAAAGACGAAAGUCUUGUGCAGCCCUGUAUGUGUAAAUAUCCGCAGCAAAAUGACGGCAGUGAUACCGAUUCGAAAAAGAAUGAUGCUAAUAUCCAAACCUUAUGUGCAGAAGUGGAAAGGAAGUGUGCUGCAACCGAGACCAACAAUCGGUGCUGUCCGAAAUGUUGCAAAUGUCAAAAAGACAAAAGCACUUCUGCGGAUUUUUGUAGAAUUGAAGAACCAAAACCUGCGGAUAUCUGUAGAAUGGAAGAACCAAAACCUGCGGAUAUCUGUAGAAUGGAAGAACCAAAACCUGCGGAUAUCUGUAGAAUGGAAGAACCAAAACCUGCGGAUAUCUGUAGAAUGGAAGAACCAAAACCUGCGGAUAUCUGUAGAAUGGAAGAACCAAAACCUGCGGAUAUCUGUAGAAUGGAAGAACCAAAACCUGCCGAUUGCGAUAGAAUUGAAGAACCAAAACAGCAGGAAGAUAAGCCAAAACCGAAGGAAGAAAAGGCAAAACCGAAGGAAGAUAAGCUAAAACUACAAAAAGAAAAACCAAAAUCGCGGAAAGAUAAAACUAAACCCGAGUCUCCCGUAGAAAAGGAGAAACCAAAACAAAUUUCCAAACCGCAAGCGACGGUUAAAAAACCGAAACCUCCAAAGUCUGAAAAGAAGAAUCCGGUUACAAAUAAAUGCGAAAACUUUGGCUUCAGCUCGCUGCCGCUUAGUCCAGAAAUUCGCGAUCAGCAACGUUUAAAGAAACAACCACAGUGCGAAGACGAUAUUGACGAAUGGUCGCGUUACUGUUGCAGUUGCCCACACGGAUAUCAAAACGUGAAGGACUUGCAAAUAUUUAGAAACGACUGCUUCUUCGAAACACAUUCCGUUAAUGACUUUAUAACAAACAUGCCCAAGCACGAUUGUGUUCAUUUAAUAAAUUUCGAUGAGAAAUCUGAACCACACUAUAUCAACGCCGAUCCGUAUGGCUACAGCAGAUGUUACAUUUGCAAUAGAGCUAUGACCACAGUGCGAAAUCAAGCUGCCAAAAAACCCGUUAAGGAGAACGUCGAUACUUACAGGCAAUCAAAAUUAUCAAACUUAAGUAUGACCAAAAAUGCACCCAUAAUCAUCGAACCAACGAAAAUACAGAUUUCGAACAAAAGCCAAAAAGUUCUGGCAAAAUUACCACCGUACUGUGAGGAAGCGGGGAAUUUUAUAAAAACGAAAUAUCGACGUCCCGUGCCCACGAACACUUUUGCACUGAGAUUUCAAAAAGGAGUGUACAAUAAUUGAUUUUGUAAUAAAUUAUAAAUUAAAAACAUGCUCUUUGUUCACUUUUUAUUUCCUUUAACGAAAUAGUAAUCUUAAUUCUUA